AUGGAAAUACACCAACUUGCAGAAAUCAGCGAGAAAAUAUAUGGAGAUCUGCAAGCACUGCUGCCCGCAGAUAUUAAAGCCAUCGAGUGUAUCUUGCAGAAGGAAAGUAUCAAGUAUGGCAAAAUUCGAACAUUCAAUCUUGAAGAUAGUCAGGACAUCGUUUUACUAACUAUGAAGCAGAACUGCUUGAUUCUUAUUAAGCAUCUGCUGGAAAAUGAAAUUUCAGUUCCAGACAACUUGCUCAAUGCUGUUUAUAAGCUUGUAAAUCUCAAGCAGACAUACCUAUCCUCGUCGUUUGAAGCAUCAAGCACCAACGACAAGCCAACACAAAGAAAAAGCAUGGAUCUGCAUGCCCAGAUUGAGAAGGAGAGGAUCAUAGACAGCAUUCUCAAUCUUUUAGUUGACAUUGUUUUUAUUUCCAGGUACAGGAGCGAGGAUUUGGCUAAUUUUUUAAAAAGCAAAAAAGUGCCUGAUGAGUUUUCAGUUAAUUUGGCAAUAGCCAUUGAUCAGGAACUUGAUCUCGAAUCUUUUGAACUGGCUGUCCUAACUAAAAAGCUCCUCGGGCCUGUUUUUCUCAGUUUGGCAAAGUCGUAUAGAGGCUCCAUGAGAAAGCUUACGAAGAAGAAGAUCAUUGACAUAGCAUCGAGAUGUAUUGACACAAAAGAUAGACAUGUCGCAUUCAAGCUAUUUUACUACCUGAAUGAGGAGCCACAUAGAAAUAUUCUUGUAAAUACCAAGCCCGAAAGCUCGCCCGAGUAUUUUGGAUUUGCAAGCUCGCUUGUUAUGGAUAAGGAAAGCGCUGAGAUUGUCUAUGCCAAGUUAGAGCCGUACUUUGACGACUUGGUUGAAGCCUUACAAACUCUGCUUUCAUUUCCAAAGCAUGAGGAGAAGUCGAUCCAGCCAAGAGACGAAAAAAUGAUAAGAUAUCUUCUUGAAUGCAUUAAUAGUAUAUCCAGAUUCAAGUCUCUUAUUUUUUUCAAGUUUGUUUCGCUGCUUCAGGGAAUAUUAAAGAUUAAAGUGUCCAAGGAAAUCAAAGGCACUAUUUAUGACAUUUUGAGUAAAUAUGUUGAUGAAAGAGACCUUUAUGUUGGAAAAGUUGUAGAGUGCAGGGAUGAUGUUGAAAUGGAAAUUAAAACAAAGGAUUUCUAUCUGCUACCAAGACUGAUUAAGUUUUUGAAUUCAUACCAAAGACGUGAGCAAAGAGAAAUUGAACUAGUUAAUAUUGGUGUGCUACUGGGCUCGCCGUACAUUACAGACACCGACAAAUCAAAUGCAGCCUACAUCGACAGUUCCGAAAAGUACGACUUCAGGGUUUUGGGGCUGAAAAGCGAGGAUCCUACAACUGUUAUUGAGUGCCUAGACUGCUAUAUCAGCCCGGAUGUUCUUAAGAUGUACUCGGUACAUUUGAGAAAUGCAAUGGUUAAGGAUGUGGCAGUCAUUGACAAAAUAAUUGAUUUCCAAAUUGAGCAUCAUUCGCCCAUCGACGACAUUUCCAUUGUCAAUUCCAUUCUUUCCCACUCCUCGCCCCGCUUCUUUGAAUAUGCCAGAUUGUUCAAGGAUUUUUCAUUUUACCUUAACAGCGAUGUGCUAGAAAGAAUAUCUGAGGAUCCAGAAAAUGGCACGGAAUGGAUAAAGGAAUGCUAUAACAAGGAAUUUGGGCUGUUUAUACUCCACAACUGUGGAUACUUCAAUGAUCUUCUCAGGGGUAGUAGUGCAAUGCAACCAGGUCUAUCACUGGUUUAUGAAAAGAUACUUGAUGAAAACCUUGGAAAUGUUGAGGUUAGGGUUUUUAAUGGGAGGGAUGAGAGCGAGUCUCGUCAUUCUACUAUUUACUUAUUUGAUAACCAGGAAGUUCUAACAGAGACAUUUUUCAGGAUUUUUGCUAAACAAUUGAUUUAUUGUAAGUUUUUCAGGGUCGGUGAAAAUAUAGGACAUACUGUCCUGAAAAAGUAUAUCUCUCCUUUUUACAGCUGCUAUGUCAAAGCAAAGGCUGUCUGUGGGCUGGAUGUGUCCUCCGAUAUUCAGUUUAUGAAAAAGAACUUGUUGGCCGAUGAUGAUCUUCUUGGCUAUUUGAAGACUGUAGGCUGCUAUUCGCCCGAGACAGAAGUCUGUUCUUCUAGCAUUCUUCUUAACUUCGGAAUCAGGGACAAUUCGAUUUUUGUAAAAAACUUUCCAGGUGCCAGUGAUUUUGAAAAGUUUAUUCUCUUUUUCAACAUUGAGCACGUAUCGAAGGACAUCGACAUUAUAAUCAAAGAUGAAAUUAUGAAAAAUCUGAAAAACCCAAACAGGUUAUAUUUGAGAAUGUGCAUUCUCCAGUUGUUUAGAACCAAAGAGCUUGACCAAAUUAUCAAAGUUCUUGAGAAGAACUUUGAAGACAAGGAACUGCUAUUCAAGCUGUGUAUGCAUAACGUAAUGCAUGGUGGAAGGUACUUUUCCAAGGACCUGAUUCUAUAUGGAGACGAGGUAUUGAGGAGCAAGGCCUUGUUUCUUCUGUAUUAUUUGAGUAUUUGGGACAAAGAGUAUCUCAGAGAGAUGAUUGAAAAAGCCGAUGCGGAGGCAUCUGAGGACAUGAAGUACCUAACUGAAGAUAUAGGGAGCUAUUAA